UAUUUUGAGUGUACAGAGUAAAAUGUGUCAGUAGAGUGGGAGCGAAAUUAAAGAGUAACUGUGACUCCUCCCCAAAAUUAUCCUCCCAAAGUUUAGUUUAUCCGCCAUUACUGUUCGUCACGGCCAUCGCGAUCGCUGCCGUUUGUGGGUUUAGAAGAGAAGUUGCGCUUCUACUGGAUGUUAAAGAUGCAAACCAACAAUGUUGUCAGAGUGAAGUUCAAAGAUAGCAAGAAAUAUAUUUUUUCUCCAACACCUUUUACAUUUCAGAUGUUUUUGGAAUGUGUGGUUUGUCUUCCUUCAGUUGCCAAGAAAUUUGAUCUUCCUACAAUGGACGUUAAAGUCUUUGAUGACUCGAAGACAGAAGUUGAUGAGGAAGCAUUUGAAUAUCUGCUGACACGACCAGACCUUGGUGUCCUAGAAAUUUUCAUCCCAGGCACAGCAAGUUUUGAUGAUUCUUUAAGCUCAAGCUCAUUAGGAGAUGCUGGGGGCACAUCAGAGUCUGAUGACACAGCAAUGUUGAUUAGAAGUCCUCCUGAAAAAAAUCGAGCUGAGGAACGUCGUCUUGCCCAAAUGGUCGAAGAUAUCCUAAAGAGCAGCCCUGGAGGCGAGAAGGUCAUAAAUGAAUACGCUCGCACUAAAAGUCUGUCAGAUGGCAGAAGACGUGACGUGGUGGAAAUCUUGGUAGCACAUUUGACAAAUGAACAUGGAACAAGCCCUUCCCGACGUUUGAAGGAAGAAUAUGCGAAGGGAAUCAUCUCCCUAUUCCCAUACUUGGCUGACCCCAGGAGCAAACUUGGUUAUGAGCAUUAUUACAAUGCAGAAGAUGGAAGUGGAUAUUUGGCAUGGAGAAUUAAAACGCUGCAGAAAGAAGGAUCAGAGGGACGGAUGAAACGCCCACGGCAACCACAGACAGGUGGGCCAACUGCUGACAGGGAUCCCUACAAAGAAGACAGCUGGUUGAAUGAUGAACGUCAGUGUCAGGAAGCAAUUGCCCUGAUGAAGCAUACAGGUGAUGAGGCAGUGGUAAAGGAAAAGAUGAGGUUAACACUGGCCUAUCGCCAGAAGAUGCUGCACGACCCUAAAGAGGCACCUGAUAUUCUAUCCAUUUUCCUGCGAUUCAUGGAUAUACCAGGCUUGAUUGAUCAAGAUUUUGGACUUCUAUUUGGUGAUGCGACCUCUGCAAAGUUGUUGGAGAAGUGGUCUACCAACAUAAAACCACAGGUUAUUGCACAGAGCCGUGGCCUCACACAGACUAGUGAGCUCCAAGACCUCAUCCAAAAUGCUGAAGCCACUGAAGUUGAAGAAGGUUGGGACAGCGAUAUGUCUUCCAUUCUGAUGCUGGUUCACCUUUUGCCACCCUCAAGUCAAGGCCGCAAAAGACCGGGAAAAAUCUCAGCUAGACAAGCAUGUGAUUGUCUUGUGAAAUUCAUCAAGACCGGAACCAGUAUCCAAGGGCACUUGGAUAGCAUUGGAGAGAGUCUCCAGCCAUAUCUACUUGUUGUUGGGCCGAAGAGAAGUAGGGUCCAGUCUUGUUUUAUUGUAAUUGACCAACAUGCUCUACCCUGUAAGGCCUCUAAUUCACUGGCCUGUGUUGAUGAGCUUUUCAAAGCUCACUUUGUCUUUGGCACCUCAUACUGUCAGGAAUUGACCAAUGUGUAUAGCUUUCUGCAAACCACUGUCUAUGACAUAGAUGUUGAAACCACCAAGGUGAAUCCCAGAGUGGCUGAGUUGAGAGCUAGAAUGCUCCAGUGAGCAGAUGAAUUGUUUCAUUUGUAAAAGGGGGCAUGCUAGUGCCAAUGCCCUUAUAAGGCACUUUAAGUUAGUUCAUGGCCUUUGUCCAGGAAAAAGUCUGAAGUUAAAAUGUGCUCUAAGAGGUUGUUCACAUGUUUACCAUAGUUUUUCUGGAUUACGAAAGCAUCUCAGCAAGUGUUGUGCAAUUGACAGUUCACGCACCGAUUAUGGUGAAAGCUCAUCCACCACCAACUCCAUUUCAUUAGGGGAUGUAGGUGUUUUACCAAACCAAAAUUCACCUUGUGAGUCUGUACUCUUAAAAACAAAUAUAGUAAACAGUUGUGCAACAGUGGUAGCUGAACUUAAAGUUGCUGGUGUCGCAGAGACAACUAUUAACUAUGUUGUUAGUGCUCUAGAAGAAGUGAUUGGAGACAUUCAUAGUCAAACUCAAGAAUCUGU